AUGGCCUCUCGGAUCCCCAGACCUUACCCCACUUUAUUUUUUUUACCUUUGAGGACAUUUGAAGGCCCAUGUUCAUUAUCUAUCUAUUUCAUUUUGUUCAUUAUCUGUCACAUUCUGUUUAUUAUCUAUCUAUCUCUGUAUCUGUCCGUAUCUAUCUACGUCUUUUUAUAUCUAUUAGCUCAUUCUGUUCAUUAUCUAUCUAUCUAUCUAUCUAUCUAUCUAUCUAUCUAUCUAUCUAUCUAUCUAUCUCAUUGUUGUAGAGUAUCUGUUCAUCAUCCAUCCAUCCAUCCAUCCAUCAUCCAUCUCCAUCAUCCAUCAUCUAUCUAUCUCAUCAUUCCAGUCUGUCAUCCAUCCAUCCAUCAUCAUCCAUCCAUCCAUUCAUCUAUCAUCCAUCCAUCCAUCCAUCCAUCCAUCCAUCAUCCAUCCAUCCAUUUCAGUCUGUUCAUAUUCAUCCAUCCAUCCAUCCAUCCAUCCAUCCAUAUCUAUCUAUCCAUCAUCCAUCUAUCAUAUCCUCCAGUCUGUCUGUCCACAUCCAUCAUCCAUCUAUCCAUCCAUCCAUCCAUCCAUCCAUCCAUCCAUCAGUAUCAUCUAUCAUCCAUCUCCAUCUAUUUCAGUCUCCAUCCAUCCAUCCAUCAUCCAUCCUCCCAUCCCAUCCUCCAUCCAUCCAUCCAUCCAUCCAUCCCAGUCCGUCCCACAUCCAUCCAUCUAUCCAUCAUCCAUCCAUCCAUCUAUCAUCCAUCCAUCCAUCUAUCUAUCCAUCAUCCAUCUCAGUCUGUUCAUAUCCAUCUAUCUAUCCAUCCAUCUAUCUAUCUAUCUCAGUCUGUUCACAUCCAUAUCCUAUCUAUCUAUCCAUCCAUCCAUAUCUAUCCAUCCAUCUAUCUCAGUCUGUUCAUAUCCAUCUAUCUAUCCUCCCAUCAUAUCCAUCCAUCUAUCCAUCUCCAUCUAUCUCAGUCUGUUCAUCCAUCCAUCCAUCAUAUCAUCCCAGUCUGUAUCUAUCUAUCAUCAUAUCUAUCUAUCUCCAUCCAUCCAUAUCCAUAUCUAUCAGUCUGUUCAUCCAUCCAUCAUCUAUCUAUCAUAUCAUCCAUCCAUCUAUCUAUCAUCUAUCUAUCUCAGUCUGUUCAUAUUCCAUCCAUCCAUCCAUCUAUCUAUCUAUCUAUCUAUCAUCUAUCUAUCUAUCUCAGUCUGUUCAUCAUCUAUUCAUCAUCUCAUCUAUCCUAUCUAUCUAUCUAUCUGUAUCCGCUUCUAUGCAAGAUCCUCGAAGUUAGGCAACCUCGAGCCAUCCAUCCAGCCCCAAGUUAUGUUACCAGCCGGUUAGACAUCAUGAAAGAAUGGACGGACAUGACAAUGGCGGAACCACCGUGGGCUAUCGCCAACAGAUCAUCCAUCCAUGGAGGAAGAUCCAUCCAUCCAUGCCUUCCAUCCAUUUCCAGGUGCCAUCGACGUCCGAUCAGUAAAGGAACUGAUGAUGACGACGACGAUGAUGACGAUGAUGAUGAUGACGAUGAUGAGUUAAUUAUACGUUGCCACUUACCACUUGUAUCAUUUCAUAUCUAUCUAUCUAUCUGUAUACUUAUAUCUAUCUAUCUAUCUAUCUAUCUAUCUAUCUAUCUGGUCAUGAUUCAAUAUGCUCAUAUCUAUCUAUCUGGUCAUGAUUCAAUAUGCUCAUAUCUAUCUAUCUAUCUAUCUAUCUAUCUAUCUAUCUAUCUAUCUACCUAUCUGGUCAUGAUUCAAUAUGCUCAUAUCUAUCUAUCUAUCUAUCUAUCUAUCUAUCUAUCUGGUCAUGAUUCAAUAAGCUCAUAUCUAUCUAUCUAUCUAUCUAUCUAUCUAUCUAUUGACAACGAGUGUUCGUUGGCAUCACAAAAUUAUCUAUCUAUCUAUCUAUCUAUCUAUCUAUCUAUCUAUCUAUCUGGACUUUCACAUCUAUCUACAUAUAUAUCCAUGUAG